AUCCAGAUGCUCAGAGCAUGUGCGGCAGAAUCAAUAAAGUCCCCAACUAAUUGAGGCUUUUUCCCCCCGUGGGGCCAGUGAGGCAGGUGAUGGAGGGGGGGAGCUGGAAAGAGGAGCGGUAACUGAAGGUUGAGAGAGUUAAUUCAGUUGCUGGAAACUGCAGAGAGACACAAGUCGCAGCCAGACAAAUCUAUUGUUUCCUCAAGGAAGUAAGAAGAUUCAGUCAUGGGUUCGGAAAUGGAGUUGACCUUUACCGAAGACCUCCAACUGACUGAGAUGAUGCGUUUGAGGGUGCAGUCGCUGCAGCAGAGGGGCCAGAAGAGGCAAGACGGCGAGAGGUUGCUCCUGCCUCAUGAAGCCGUCUACCGCUUGGACUUCACCGAACAGGAGUUGACGUUCUCUCACUGGAACGUGACCCUGCAUGGAACGGGACGUUUCACGGUGACAGGCAUCUCACAGCUCUGGACGCCUGACCUGACCAACCUGAUGACCAGACAGCUGCUGGAACCCAUCGGCCAGUUCUGGAGGAAUGCUGGAGAUCCAGAAGAUUCACCAAUCAAAUGCCUGGAGGCGGAUAUUCAAGAGUUUGGAGAGAGGAUAGCAGAGCUGGCCAAGGUGCGGAAGGUGAUGUACUUUCUCUUCGCCUACAAGGAGGGAGCCAAAAAAGAGAAGAUCUCCUGCUCGCUGGUCUUCAAGAAAAAUGAGUGACAAUCAAAUCGACAAAUGCCACAGUGGUCCUUACUUUGUAACCUAAAACUCCAGACAGGUUGGACUUUCUAGCAGUAAUGUCAGUGCAAAUCUCUAUCCUUAUACCACUCAGUGAAAGCCUUCAAUGCAAUUAAUGUUCCCUAUGUAUUAAAAAGCUAAGAUGGGUAAACUUUAUUAUUUAAAAUCUAUCUCUAGUACAUUGUAGUUUUCAGAAUUAUAAUAUAAUAUAAUGUCUGUUUUCAUUUAUUGUCCUGCUGUGAUGCAUGCAAACUAUUUUUUGGAUGAUUUUGUCUGGUACAUAUAGCGGAGUCCAGAAGUCUAAGACAAUAUUGAAAAUCAGGUAUUCAAAAUCCUGUUUAAACCUGGAAUCUUUUAGGAUUUGGAUAAAUUUUAAACAGAAAAGUUACGAUGUAAAAUGAACAAACUAUUCUUACUAAUCAAAUACACUGACCAUGUCAACUCCUUUGUACAGACAGUACAGACUUCCAUUGAAGCACACAAGAUGCUCUUCGGAGUCCAUGCAAGCUUGUGCGCAUGCUGUCAUUAAAGCAAAAGGGGCAACAUACCAAAUACUACACUGAAAUUCAUGUACAUUUUUCAAUUUAAAUUUUUCACUUGCAAAAAUAUAGGCAUUUUCACAAGUGGUCAAAGACUUUUGGACUCCACUGUAUUUAAUCCAAUGUCAUUAUGCUGCUUAUGCAAUAUUUCUAUAGUCAAUGUGAAAACACUCUAAAGAGUCAA